AUGAGUUUAAAACCCUUUACCUACCCAUUUCCAGAGACGAGAUUUCUUCAUGCAGGACCCAAUGUGUAUAAAUUCAAAAUCAGAUAUGGGAACAGUAUCAGAGGAGAAGAGAUAGAAAAUAAGGAGGUCAUCAUCCAGGAGCUGGAGGUCCCAGCUGAGAAGAAAGCAGUAGGAGCUGUGAUGAGGAAACGAAAACACAUGGACGAGCCCAGCUCCCCCAGCAGGCCAGGGCUGGACAGGGCCAAGAUAGGGACUUCCAGCCAAGGCUCCAGCAAAAAGAAGCCCCCUAUGGAAACCAGGAGAAACAGGGAAAGAAAAACCCAACAAGGAUUGCAGGAGACUCUGGCCUCUGAUAUCACUGGUGUCCAGAAACAAGAUUCUGAGUGGGGGCACAGCCUGCCAGGGCCAGUUGUGCCACCCCUGCAGCACAACACACCUCCACCUAAGGAGCGAGCAGCCAGCGGCUUCGUUGGGUUUCUAAGCUCUCUCUUCCCGUUUCGAUAUUUCUUCAGGAAGAGCAGCCACUCUUGAGCCUUCCAAAUGCAGCGCUGGAAAGAGGAUCAUCUCUUGCAGUGACUCCUCCCGAAUCAUUCUUCCUCCAACUCUUUCCUUUUCUUAUGACACUUCAGUCAUGGAGAAUGAGGUCCCCAUGCUGAGUCCUCUGUGGUUUUAUCCUGUCCUUUGCCCCUUUAUAUAUUUUUUUUCCAAUUUAAAACAUUAAGAAUGGAACUUUCUAAAAUGUUCAUGUCCGGAGGGCCCGUUUAGGCCUUUUGUCUUCAGUACUUAGGAUCCUAAUGACAAUAAAUUAUUUAUGAAGAGUUA